AUGAAUUGGGUUAUUUUUCUACUUUUUUGUGGUUUAAUACCUGCAAACUAUGGGAGAAGCAUUGCAGUGGACGAUGCAGAAGAAAAUGCAGAACAAGCAAAACUUGAAAGAUUCUUGAUCAAAAAGAGAAUCUUAAACGAAUUACAAGCGGAAAUUUUUGAAAUCUCCCUCCCACCAGCUAGCAAUGAAACCGAAUAUGUUUCCUCCACAGACGAAAACCCUUAUAUAAUGGAAGGAGAUAUUGUAUACACUGAGAAACAAUUAGAUAUACUCAUCGAGGAUGUUCGGGGACAACUUUUUGCUAACAAGGGAACCUUUUAA